CCAGCCUAUACUUGUCCAUCUGACAGGGUUCGAAGGGUUUUAGGGACGCAUUUAAAAGGUAAUUGAUCAACGUCCCUUCGCCUCCACAACCUACGACUAUUAUUAGGAUGGUCAGUAAACGUUGUGGAUGCACGAGCAUGGCAGCUGUCUCUUACCCCUUGAAUGCAAUCAGCCCUCUUUUCUUGCUUGCAGCGUGGCCAUUCUACUUUUUUGCACGGGUUGUGUUUGCGCUACAAUUCCGCAUGAGGAUCUCGCACGCAAGUAUGCGCCUCAGUUUCGUUUGCAUCCAAGUGAAGCCUUCUUGCCAAGCUCUAUCGAGUUUAUGUUUCCGAACUUCAAGGUGUAUGACGACAAAGGAAACCUCGUCCCCAACCAGCCACCUCUCCUUACGAGCACGAACCUUGCGUCGUCCUUGCCAAGCAAUGGCCAAGGAACUUUCCUUACCGUCCAAAAUUAUACGAACGCUCUGGGGACGUUCCUUGCUGGAAAGAACCCAAAGACGACUCGUGUUCCCGUCUAUACCUUCAUCGCUCCCAAAGGAAAUGGAGUGGUAGACUUCUACUAUUGGACGUACUAUCCGUGGAAUCAAGGCAAGAUAGUAAAAGUGGUUGGAGAAGUUGAUGACCAUGUGAGUGACUGGGAGAGAAUGUCUGUUCGGACUGUCAACGGCGUUGCCGUGAGCGCGGAUUACAAUGCUCAUUCGGGAGGAAGUCAGUCUACCGGGACCAUACGCUGGGCUGACGUCCCAAAAGUACCUGGCGAGGAUCGCCCUAUUGGGUGGGUAGCACAGGGCUCACACGGCAUUUGGGACUCCCCUGGAAAGCAUGUGUACCAGAAUGUCAGCUACGGUCAACUCACCGACCAACUUGUCGAUGUCACGGCUAAUGGUGGUCCGAAAUGGGAUGCCAAGGCAAACUUGUUCCCCAUGAUGUAUAUCCCAGGGGGAGCUUACAAGGGUACAUUUUCGUGGCUCAGCUUCCAGGGCAAGUGGGGUAACAGAGGAUUGACAAAUUGCUGGUGGUACCACAUAGCACCGGAAUGCUCCUUGGUCGAUGGACCCGUUGGACCAGCUCGAGAUCUCAUGAGUGGGCCACCUUCGGUGAGCCAGUCGAAACAAAGCUGAGACCACCAAGUAACGUCCUUCCAUCUCAGAACACUAUCGCAACUGCUAUCUCCUCAAACAACUCCAUCUACAACGUUCAUAUUUCCCCUAAGUCUAAUAGGCCAA